UAACAACAAACUUACCAAUUCUGUUUUAAUGAUGUUUUAAUUGCCGAGUUUCAUUAAAACAUAUUAACCCAAUUUCCUAAAUUACAUUUUGUAAUCAGUUAAUUCAAUUCUAAGCAACUAAUUGUUGUUGGUUUUAUUUCAUCUUGAUUUCUAAAUUGUUGGUUAAUCAAGAGCGUUUGGAAUCUGGUUUAUCGUCGUUAUUUUUAAUCAUGUCCAUUGUUGGUGAAUCGAAAGUGUUUCUUGUUACCGGUGGAACUGGAUUAGUUGGUAGAGCAGUUGAAGAGGUUGUUAAUCAAAACAAUGGAAAUGAUUAUCCCGGAAUUAGAUUUGUCUUCAUUGGAUCCAAAGACGGUGAUUUAAGUAUCUAUGAGGAGGCGAGGAAAAUAUUCAAUCAACAUAAACCUAAUUAUGUUUUACACUUGGCAGCGAUGGUUGGUGGUUUAUUCAAAAACGAAUCAAACAAUUUAUCUUUCUUCCGAAUCAACAAUUUAAUCAAUGACAAUAUCCUCCGAUUAUGUGAUGAAUUGAAAGUGGAAAAAUGUGUCUCAUGUUUGUCAACUUGUAUCUUUCCAGAUAAAACCGUUUACCCAAUUGACGAAACCAUGAUUCACCUUGGACCUCCUCAUGCUUCUAAUUUUGGCUACUCUUAUGCGAAAAGGAUGAUUGAUGUUCUCAAUCGUGGUUAUGCUCAGAAAUACGAUCAACAAGUUAAACAAUUAGGUGACAAUUACAAGAGACCGAUUUUCACUGCAGUUAUACCAACCAACGUCUAUGGACCUUACGAUAACUUUAAUCUACAAGAUUCCCAUGUAAUUCCUGGUCUUAUUCAUAAAACUUACCACCAAGUUCAAGAUGCGAUUAGCAAAGGCUCGUCCGAGGCUCAAUUGACAGUUUGUGGUUCGGGAAAACCAUUGCGACAAUUUAUUUACUCUUAUGAUUUAGCCCGUUUGAUGCUUUGGGUUACCUUUAAUUACCAAGAGACUGAACCAAUCGUUUUGUCCGUUGACGAAGACCAAGAAAUAACAAUUAAUCAGGCUGCUCAAUUGAUCGCUGAUUCGUUCAGUAAAGUGGCUCCCGAUAUAAAGAUCAAUCUAAUCAAUGAUUGUAAUUACAGCGAUGGUCAGUUGAAGAAAACGGCCUCGAAUCGAAAACUUCGUAAAUAUCUACCCGAUUUUAAGUUUACUCCAAUUGAGGAAGGAAUUCGAACAUCAGUCAAAUGGUUUUGGAACAAUUAUGAUUUCGCUCGAAAUGAACAUUGGAUUCGAAACGAUUCUUUUAAAUUCGAAAAAAAAACUUUGUAAUCAUCAGUCUUAAAUUUUGAUAAAAAGUCAAAUUAUCACUCGAAUAGCGGGAUAGUUAAUAGUCAGAGAAACAGAAUUA